GUUCACGUUCUCUGCGGGAGGCGGCGUGGGGACAUUCCCCGAGAUUUUAAGUUCGGGGGUGGGGGGAAGGCUCAUCGGAACCCAAGUAUUCUGGGCUUGGGGAAGGGAGAGCGGCGGGAGGCCAGGAUAGAAGGAGGAAGUGGAAGAAGGUGUUGGCCAGGCCAUGGGUCUAAAUGAUGCCGGGAAUUUUUAGGCCCAGGGCCACUGUAACCAUGACCUCUUUGCCCACCACCCUCCCGGGACCCGAUGUCCCCAAAGCUUCCUACCAGAACUACCCUCCUGUCCCUCCGCCCGCACACUCCCUUUCCUCGUACCCCCGUGGUCUGCAGCCCUCAUCCCCUGAGCCCCCCGAGGGGCCCUACCCCGGAGCUCCGCAGCCGUACGGCUUCGCGGUAGGUUACCCCUUUGUCAGCCCCACAGCCCCCAGCGGCCCCCACCUGCCUUACCAGCAGCCCGGGACCGCCUCGCUGCAUCUCCGUAGUCCUGCAGUGAAUCUGCAGGCGGUGGCAGACCUGGAGAAGCCACUUGGGUUAUCACAGCCAGAAGGACUCCAGCUGAAUACCAGGACCAAGAAGCUUCGAAAGCCGAGAACCAUCUAUUCCAGCCUCCAGCUUCAACAUCUGAACCAACGUUUCCAGCACACACAGUAUCUGGCCCUUCCGGAGAGGGCUCAGCUAGCUGCCCAGCUAGGCCUAACUCAAACUCAGGUGAAGAUCUGGUUUCAGAACAAACGUUCAAAAUAUAAGAAAAUCAUGAAACAGGGGUCCAACAUUCAAGACGGGGAGCUUCUGGGGACCCUCCCAGCCCUGUCCCCAUCCCUUCCCUCACUAUGGGAUAUGCCCAGGACAUUGCCUACUGGAGGUUAUGUCGGCAACUUUGGGAUCUGGUACCAGCAACAACAUUCCCAAGAUGUUCAGGCAGCACCCCAGAUGAUGUGAGUCUGAUAAGAGUUGGAUACUCCAUGCCUCCCAUAAGGCUCUGGACCCAGCUCACGAGUUCCCUUCCAGGGCCUUGGAGGAAAACAGCUCCAGAUAGGUUUUAGGGGAGGAAUAGUGGCUGGAGGAGAGAGGGAGAUUUGGAAUGAAAAUGGAGACAUUUUAACUCACCCUCACCACACAAAGCCUCCCUUCCCCAAACAGACCUGAAGCUGAACACCAUCCCCUUCCCUCUCCAGUUGGUUGGGUCACCUCCUUCCAAAUGGACAGACAAAUGCCUAGGA